AUGGACACCAGAAUAUUCAAGGAAAUUUAUAAUUCGAGAAUAAAUCGCAAAAUGCCUUCUUUUGAAGUUCCAGAAGCGGUCAAGGUAUAUAUUUUUUCUUCACAUUAUGAAAAUAUUUUCAAGUUUUCUUCAGGAGGUGAAUGUAAAAAUUUACAAAGCGAAUGAUCCCUUUUUGUUUGAAAAUCAGCUGAAAGCGGAGAAUUUGAAAGCGCAAGAGGCACCAGAAGACGCCCACAAGACGGUUUUCACAUUUUUUUUAACUUCGAAGAAUAUUUGAUUGCAGCAACAUCCACUUCAUAAGGAGGAGAAGGCAUACAUUUUCGAAGGAGAACACGCGUUCAGUGAUGGGAUCGCCCAAGUAAUAUUUCGCAAAAAAAUUGUUUUUAAUUUUUAAUUUUCUGGCUUGUUUGUUAUCAAGAAGCGUACUUCGUCAAGGACUUCCCGAGACUGUUUUGCACAAUUUGGCGAAAGUUGACGUUUCUGAAGAGGCGGUAAAAUUUUUGAUAUUCAUAAAGUUCAAGGGCUCGAAGUUUUAAGAAAAAAAAAACUGUUUGCGCCUUCCAAUGUUUUUUUUCUGUUUUAGAAUUAAAACACAAAAAAAUCCAUUCUUUGUGAAGAAUGUAAGAAGAAAAAUUUGAAAAUUUUUCUUUUCUUGAUUUUCAAAUAUUUGAUUUCUAGAACUCUGUCCUCAAAUGAAUAAUGAAUUUUGCGCUCAGGUCCGCGAUUCUAUACUCCACGGAGAAAAGUACGAUCCAUCUCUGGAAAAACUGCCGAGGCGGUUUGAUCCCGUUCUUUUCUGGAUGAAGCACAUUCGAGUUCACGGCACGCCAGUUCUGAAGAGAAAGUUUCUCAGUAAGAAAAUAAAGGUAUUGAUUGAAUUUUUUCAGUAAUAUCAUUCUGGACAACCUCCUGAGACACAUUAUCUUUGCCGCGAUUCGCUCCGGAGCUUUGGGCGGUGAUGCGUUGUUCCAGUAAGUGUUUCUUCAAUACAGAAAUUCUUAGGGUAGAUGAAAAAUUCAAGAAUUUUUUGAUAUCGUUCAAAGUGGCUCUUUUUCUACUUUUUUUUUUGUUCUGACUUUUUUCACUCGAGUUCCACUAUUUAUUUCCAGUUAUGACCGAGAUGAGGCGAUUUCAACAAUUCUAAAAGACGAGAAAAGGCCAUUCGUUCUACGGGGAAUGCCUCAUAUCACGGUACAAACCGCGAAUUCCGCCGUCAAUUUGCCUUGGGCCAGUGAAGCCGAAGUUCAGGCCGCUUCGUGAGAAUUCUUCCUCAUAAAACUCGAAUUUUGAUUUUUUAGAGCCGAGCCCCUGCCGGACAUUUACCCAAUUGCUCCAGAGAUCGACCUCCGGCUUCAGAACGUCUAUAACGACGAGACGUUGAUUCCGAGGCGAAAAAGCGACCUCAACCUGCAUUCCUUGCUCUGGUCGAGGGAACAAGACCAGAAAUACCCUUGGACGAGGUUUUGGCGGAUAGAAAUUAUUGUUAAUAAGCAUUUGGUCAGAAGAAAUGAGCAAAAUAGAGAUUUUUUUAAAAGCAAAAAGUCAAUAUUUCGAGUACAUUUGAAUUAUCGAACAAGGGAAAUAACGGUCAUUAAGCUUUUCCUGUCGAAAAAGAACUAAAAAUGAUAUUUUUCAGGUUUUAAAGGAUUUUUUUAUAUACUAUUUGAACGGAUGAUCUUUCGAAUUUCGAUUUUUGGAUUUCAACUUGUUAUAAGUUUAAAGUGAUUUGUUUUUUUUUCCAUCAAAUUUUUUCUUUUUCGUAAUAUUCUUCUCUUUUUCCUCAAAAAGUAAUGUUAUAACUCACAGUUGUUUUAUCUGAAAGAAAAAAAAACCUGUAUAUUUGUUUUCAUUGAACUUUCGAAAUUUUUUGAAUUUUCCAAUUGAAUCACGUGUUUCUUUUUUCAACCAGACCUUAAAAUUGAGACAGAUUCUUAGGCGGAAAUCAGCUCAAAUCAUCAAUUCACUCUAAAAUACACGUUCAUAAUUUCAAGAGAGCAAAACGCGGCCAACGCCAUCAUGCAUACGUACGGCGCAGCGGUGGCGCAAGCCACCCGUAACGAAACUCCGAAACUUCCUGUUGUACGUGUCGAUUCGUCUAUUUCCUCAUACAAUUUUAGAUGAUGCGAGGAGUCCAAUUGGUUGAUGGGCGGCUAGAUUUGGUCGCUUUCCAGUUGAACAGUUUGGAUAGGAAUGAUGACUCAGUGAAGAACAUUGUGUGGCUUGAGAAAGGUGAAGAUUUUAUAUCAAUGCAAUGGUUUUUUUUUUCUUUGAGUAUGAAGUUUGAACUAUCGAAAAAAGUUUUGAAGGCUCAAUUAAUGAUUAUUGAUAACCGAGAACUUUGAGUUUGAAGAUAAGCGUUUUAAAAGUUUAAAAUAGUUAGGAUCUUAGGUGUGAUUCUGUUUCGAAAUCUCACUCUGUGCUCAUUGAUUUGCUUAAUUUUCAUUGAAAAAUUUAUUUUUCCAGGCAUUCGCUUGUACAAACCAAAGCCCUACUAUGAACAGCUUCAAUCAGUCGAAGAGGUUAUAAUUUAUUAUUUUUGAUCACCUCAUACCCGAUUCCAGGUGGAUAUGAACAGCUUCAAGAAGUUGGCAGCGUUGGUGCUGACGUUUGGAAAAGAAUCAUAA